UGAGUGUGAAACUUCUUUAAAAUUCUAUUUAGCGGCAUAGUUCUGACAUUCUGGGUUGCAGGACUGGGCUACUGGGAUCCUGGACAUACGUGAAGCUCCUGUGAACCCAGUUUUCAGGAAAGAGCAAUGGAGAUUGGAUGGACCUGCAAUCGGAGACAAAGGCAAGUCCUAGUUUUCUUUGUUUUGCUGAGCAUGUCUAGGGCGCGCGCCGAGUUGGGGCCCUAUUCAGUAGUGGAAGAAACGGAGAGAGGCUCCUUUGUGGCAAAUCUAGGAAAAGACCUGGGGUUGGGGUUGACAGAGAUGUCCACUCGGGGGGCCCGGAUCAUUUCCCAGGGAAACAAAGAGCAUUUGCAGCUCAAGGUACAGACUGGGGAUUUGCUCAUAAAUGAGAAACUAGAUCGAGAGGAGCUAUGUGGUCCCACUGAGCCUUGCGUACUACAUUUCCAAGUGUUAAUGGAAAAACCCUUAGAGAUAUUUCAGGCUGAACUGAGGGUGAAAGACAUAAAUGAUCAUUCUCCCAUGUUCACUGAGAGAGAAAUGAUUCUAAAAAUACCGGAAAACAGUCCUCUAGGAAUUGCAUUCCCUCUGAGUAAUGCUCUGGACUUGGACGUAGGAAGCAACAAUGUUGAGAACUAUAAAAUCAGCCCCAACUCCCAUUUCCAAGUCCUAACCCGCAAUCGCAGUGACGGCAGAAAAUACCCUGAACUGGUGUUGGACAAAGAACUGGAUCGGGAGGAGGAGCCUGAAAUCUUAUUAACCCUGACAGCGAUGGAUGGCGGCUCUCCGCCUCGAUAUGGGACCGCCCAGGUGCGCAUUGAAGUGGUGGACAGCAAUGAUAAUGCCCCAGAGUUUGGGCAGCCCUUCUACAGGGUGCAUAUUCCUGAGAACAGCCCUGUAGGCUCCCUGGUUGUCACCGUCUCUGCCAGCGAUUUAGACAGUGGAGUCUACGGAAAAAUAUCAUACACACUCUUUCAGCCUUCAGAAGAUAUUAGCAAAACUUUGGAGGUAAAUUCUGUGACAGGAGAAAUUCGACUGAGAAAACAAGUAGAUUUUGAAACAGUUCAGUCUUAUGAAGUGGAUAUCAAGGCCACUGAUGGGGGAGGUCUUUCGGGAAAAUGCACUCUUCUCCUGCAGGUGGUGGACAUGAAUGAUAAUCCCCCAGAAGUGACCAUAUCCGCACUCACCAGCCCCAUCCCAGAGAACACGCCUGAGAUUGUAGUUGCCGUUUUCAGUGUUUCAGAUCCUGACUCCGGGGACAACGGGAAGACUAUUUCCUCCAUCCAGGAUGACCUUCCUUUUCUUCUAAAACCUUCAGUCAAGAACUUUUACACCCUGGUAACAGAAGGAUCGCUUGACAGAGAAAGCAGAGCUGAGUACAACAUCACCAUCACCGUCACGGACAUGGGAUCCCCCAGGCUGAAAACCCAGCACAGCAUAACCGUGCUGGUCUCCGACGUCAACGACAACGCCCCGGCCUUCACCCAAACCUCCUACACCCUCUGGGUCCGCGAGAACAACAGCCCCGCCCUGCACAUCGGCAGCGUCAGCGCCACAGACACAGACGCAGGCGCCAACGCCCAGCUCACCUACUCGCUGCUGCCGCCCCAAGACCCGCACCUGCCCCUGGCCUCCCUCGUGUCCAUCAACGCCGACAACGGCCACCUGUUCGCCCUCAGGUCGCUGGACUACGAGGCCCUGCAGGCCUUCGAGUUCGGCGUGGGCGCCACGGACCGCGGCUCGCCGGCGCUGAGCAGCCAGGCGCGGGUGCGCGUGCUGGUGCUGGACGCCAACGACAACUCGCCCUUCGUGCUGUACCCGCUGCAGAACGGCUCUGCGCCCUGCACCGAGCUGGUGCCCCGGGCGGCCGAGGCGGGCUACCUGGUGACCAAGGUGGUGGCGGUGGACGGCGACUCGGGCCAGAACGCCUGGCUGUCGUACCGGCUGCUCAAGGCCACGGAGCCGGGGCUGUUCGGCGUGUGGCCGCACAACGGCGAGGUGCGCACGGCCAGGCUGCUGAGCGAGCGCGACGCGCCCAAGCACAGGCUGCUGGUGCAGGUCAGGGACAAUGGCGAGCCGCCGCGCUCGGCCAGCGUCACGCUGCACGUGCUGCUGGUGGACGGCUUCUCCCAGCCCUACCUGCCGCUGCCCGAGGCGGCGGCCGAGCAGGCGCGGGCCGACCCGCUCACCGUCUACCUGGUCGUCGCGCUGGCGUCGGUGUCGUCGCUCUUCCUCCUGUCGGUGCUGCUGUUCGUCGCGGUGCGGCUGUGCAGGAGGAGCAGGGCCGCGUCGCUGGGUGGCUGCUCGGUGCCCGAGGGCCCCUUUCCGGGCCACCUGGUGGACGUGAGUGGCACCGGGACCCUGUCCCAGAGCUACCAGUAUGAGGUGUGUCUGAGGGCAGGUUCAGGGACCAGCGAGUUCAAGUUUCUAAAACCAAUUAUCCCCAAUCUCUCAUCCCAGAGCAGAGGAAAGGAAGUGGAAGAAAAUCCCUCGUUUAGGAAUAGCUUUGGGAUUUAAUUAUUGACAGGAACCUAUAUAAUAAAGACAUUUCCUUCUAAUAUUUUUUUGUUGACUAAUUAAUUUUUGGUCCACCACCACCCAUAAGGUAAUAUUUAAUUUUCUCUAUUUGAUUCAUCCUCAGUUUCCAAUUUUAUGCUUAACUUCACAAGUUUCCUUUUCUUCCUAUUUUAGCCCAAGAAAGUAU